AUGGCUUCUUGGAAAGUCGUCCUCGAGCCCGUGGACGAGACCAAAAUCGAAUACACCUCAUUCGCCAACGCUAGAAAGUAUUUUGCAGUCGAUGCUUCAGGUUCUACCGUUGGUAUUCGUUUGAUUUCCGAACACAUAUUUGCCGAAGGAAUCCACGAAGCCUCUCUUCAAAAAGAGAAAAACACAGUAACGAGAUGGGGAUCCAAAUGCAAAGACCCAACGAACUGGGAACAAAUGUUCUGGGCUCCCGACCAGGGAGGAACCACCCCACAAUGGAUAUUGAGGAACCGAAGCUCCAUGGACGCGAUCCAUAACGCGGAUAUUUGGUUUUUACUCACGGAUGGAGAGGUUCCUGAUUCCGAGGUGCAUACGCUGGCGGGGUUGGGACAGGAAAUGGGGGUUUUUGAUUGCGCGACGGUUUUUGUGAUUGCUUCGCAUAUGAAGUAUGCACCAAAUCAUGCGAAUGUAUCGCGGAAACAAGAAUUUCAACGCCAGCUCAUCUCAAUCUCGGCGAGGAGUGGAACUUCCGCUCAUCAUAUUAAACAGCCAACUCUUGUGGAUCUCGACACGCUUCUUCGAGCUGGGGUUACUUCAGAUGAAGAUCGUGAUUUAAUUCUCGCAGACGAAGCCCUUGAUGCUCUAAUCCUCGCCUGCAAAUCCCGAGGAAAAAUAAACGAGCUCCGAUCAUUUCUCCUUGCCCAUAAAAUCGAACAAUUAACGAUAAAAUUGAAAGAUGUAUCCGGCGCUGCGGACCUUAUUGCACAAAUUGCCAAUUCUGAUGUAUCUGGCGAGACCAAGACUGUUCUACAGUCUAAACUACGUGAUGCUCACGAGGCGAACCAGAGAGCUUAUGUCACUGCACAAAACGAUGGACAGCUUCAAUCCAUCCGAGAUCGUAAUCGAAGAAUAGAUACAGCAUUACGCACCUUAUCCGAAGCCGAAAAAUCGGGAUUUUCAGCAGAAAUCCUCUCACGAAGAUCAAAUCGAGCUCGACGCGCGGAAAACGUUUCCGCGGACUCUUCAAUCGAUGUUUCAGUCUUGGAUCUCGAAGCGCCAGGCUAUAGAGGCGAAUGUGAAGUUUGCUGUGGCGAUGAUGAGAUUCUGUCUAUCACUCUCAAAGUAUUGAGUGCCGAUGCCAUGGCAGCUAAUACGGAUAAUUUCGCGCUGGAUUUUCCGCUUGCGGCGGGGAGAUUCGAGGCAAAUAUGAAUGUGGUAUCUAGUCAAUGUAUUUGUUUCCAAUGCGCGCUAUUUGGACGACCAGGAUAUUCGAUAUACGGGGAGAAAAUCUCGGCUGUGAUUCCAACGUUGGAGUAUACGGAUAGUAAUAAGUUGUAUCUUCAUCAGCAGUUGUAUAAGGCGCUCAAUGCGGGGUUGAAAACCGGGGUUCCGGCCAUGGGACAAUUAUUUUCAGCGAUUUUGGAUUGCACGCUGAGGAGGAAAGUGUGGGCUGGUGCGGGUAUUCAGGAGGGUAGUAUGGAUGCGGAAGUGAGGCAGAGGAGGAAUGCGAUGAAUUGGUUGCUGCAAAGUAUACUCACGCAUCUCCGGGUCAGGGAAACAUUUGCCGAGCCUGGCCAAUGA